AUGGGAUCUCACGCAGAGGCCCCCGAGCUCGCCCUCGCCAUUCCAACGCCGGACGAGCGCACGGCGACGUGGACGGCCACGCACCCCCACUGGGGCGCCGCCCUCGACCUAGACGUCUACCACCGCCGUGAGCACUUCCUGACGACGGUGCCGCAGUCGCGCAACGGCGGCAUCACGCACUGGAUCCUCACCGACCCCUCGGCCGGCCCCGGCGCCCGCCCUGUGCUCUCCUCCUGCGAGUCCAUCCGCAAGCGCUGCCUCGUCGCGAGCCCCGACGGCACCGUCCGCGAGGGCGUCACCCACGGCAUCGCCUCCACGCCGAGCAUCCGCGGCGCCGUCUUCGGCGCGCCGGGGAACCGCGUCUGGGCCGUCUGGACGCGCGGCUACUACGGCGGCCUCAAGAAGCCCGAGGGCAACACGUUCCACAUCCUGCGUGUCUCCAUCGAGGACGAAGAUGCCGCCGACGAGGCGUACCUGGCCGAGGCCAUGGGCGCCAUUCUCGGGCUCGCGCGGGAAGAGGCCGCUGCGUGGAAGGUGAACAAUGUCGAGCUGUGGAACCCGACGGCGAAGCUGCGGGCUGCCAUCGACAGGGCGGGCUUGCCACACGAGUUUGUCGACAGGCAGGACACGAGCAUCGCGUGCCUCAUGUGGUACGGUGAUGGCGAGGUUGAUUGGGUUGCCAACGAGAAGUUUGGCUGGUGUUAG